CGGAGGCGAACUCUUACUCGCGCGGUUGGACUCACUUGGACCCGAAUCCCGACGGUUCGACUUAAUCCAUUCCUACUUCUUCUCCUACUCCUCGAUCCCUCUGUGUCCUCCCUCUGGGUGUCUUCGUAGGGCGCUGGUGGAUAGUGUGACCCGUGACCGUGGUGAUGUGAGUUCGGCAAACGCGCCCGAGUUUUUCUGUCCCAUAAACCCCAGCAGGAGGUGAGAGUCUCGAAAAAUGGCACCGAUCGGUGAUGCUGCUGCCGGGGAGGAGGAGCUGAUGACCGAGCAACCGAGAAAGGCCAGUACGCCCGACCUGGCGGAGCCCGUGCCCGAGGCCAACGGGUACCGUGUGGCGAGCGUGGAGGCGAAGAAGAGUGCCAAGGAGGCCGAGGCUACGGGAGAGAGUCCGGAGAUGGCGAAAAUGCUGCCAGAGGACCUGGAGGACCUGUACCGCGAUAUGGCCCUGACAAAGGACACGACCUGUGGCUUCUGGAUUUUCCGGGGGCCCCUCCUGCAGAGGUUCGCCAACAAGAAGGUGUACGUGUUCAUGUACGGCGUGGCGGGUUGCAUCUUUUCGGCCAGUUUCGCUUACUUCAACGGCAUCAUCACGACGCUGGAGAAGCGGUACAAGAUCCCCAGCAAGAACACGGGAAUCAUCUCCGUCGGGAACGACAUCAGUGCGCUGCUGCUGUCGGCGAUCCUGAGCUACUACGCCGGCAAGGGUCACCGGCCGCGCUGGAUCGCCUUGGGGCUGCUGCUGACCACGAUCUUCUGCUUGCUGACAGCCCUACCGCAUCUGCUGUACGGGCCGGGCGAGGCGGCCCUCUCGCUGACCACCGAGUACGGUGCGACCUACGAUGCCAACCAGACCUUCGAGGUGCUCGAGGCCCAGAAAGCUAAGACCCUCUGCCGGACCGAUGGGAGUCGUGGCGUCGAGUGCGAGAAGGAGGAAGGCAACCUGGCCCCGCAGUUGGUCCUGUUUGUGGCCCAGUUUAUCUCCGGUAUCGGUACCUCGCUCUUCUACACGCUCGGGGUGUCGUACAUGGACGACAACAUCAAGAAGUCGAAGACCCCGGCCCUGGUCAGCGUGUCGUACUUCCUGCGCAUGCUGGGGCCCGCGAUCGGGUACGCCCUGGCGUCCUACUUCCUGAAGCUGUACAUUUCGCCCUCGAUGACGCCGACCAUCAGCAACACGGACCCGCGCUGGCUCGGCGCCUGGUGGAUAGGCUGGCUCGUCCUCGGGCUCGUGCUCUCGUUCUUCGCCGUCUUCAUGGCCAUGUUCCCGAAACAGCUCCCGAGGGCCGCCAUCCGGAAGCGGGUGGCGGUCGAGAAGCAGAAGCUCGGCAUGAAGGUGAGCGAGGCCGAGAGGCGCGAAGACGAGCUGCCGGCCUCGUUCAAGGACAUGCUGAAGACCUUCAAGCGGCUCCUGCGCAACAAGAUCCUGAUGCUGAACAACAUCGCCUCGGUGUUCUACUUCUUCGGCUACAUGCCGUACUGGAUCUUCACGCCCAAGUACAUCGAGACGCAGUACAAGCAAUCGGCCUCGACCUCCAGUCUGGUGACCGGGACCGUGGCGCUCGUCUUCUCCGCCGUCGGUGUGCUCCUGUCCGGGCUGGUAAUCUCGCGCUUCAAGCCCCGGGCCCGCUACAUGGCCGCGUGGAACGUGCUGGUCGGAAUCCUGUCCGUCGCGGGCAUGAUCGCGUACGCCUUCCUCGGCUGCGCGGCCAGCGAAGAUUCGGUCAUCGUGAACAUGGUCGACUCGUCGAUUGGAAACCCAACACCGACGUGCAAUUCGGCUUGUCAGUGCGAUUACGUCCGGUACUCGCCGGUUUGCGGUGAGGACGGAAACACGUACAUCUCGGCCUGCCACGCGGGCUGCCGGCUCCAGGCGCAACACGGCGAGCUGAAAAUCUACGGCGAGUGCUCGUGCAUCACGUCGGUGGCCAACUACACCAGCCCGCUCUACACCCAGCUGCUGCCUUUCACGGUGACUAAUCUCUCUCGAUCUCCCUCUCUCUCUCAGUCGUCGCCGGUGUACGGUGGAGGCGGGUCGGCCAUCGCGGGGCCGUGUCCGCUCGACUGUUACCGCGAGUUCGUUACGUUUCUGAUAGUGAUGUGCUUCCUGAAGUUCUCGGGCGCCACCGGGCGGGCCAGUAACUUCCUCGUUUCGGUCCGGUGCGUCGACGAGCGGGAUAAGGCCGUGUCGAUGGGCUUCGGCAUGAUGGUGCUCAGCCUGAUGUCGUUCAUCCCGAGCCCGAUCUUCUUCGGCCUGGUGCUGGACAAAACGUGCCUCGUGUGGGGCAAGACCUGUAGCGGGAAGGGCAACUGUUGGCUGUACGAUGGCCACACGUUGCGGUACCUGCUCAACUUCAUUGCGGCCGCGUUCGUCCUGGUCGGCACACUGUUCGACUGUGGUGUCUGGUACUACGUGAAGGAUCUGAAAAUUUUCGAUGACGAAGUGAACGAAAAGGAACUGGAGCUGGCCGACAAGGAGGAGGAGGCCCUGGCGGAUCGGCCCACGUAGGGCGGUGUAUGCUCCAGCAGUUCCUACUAAGCUUAAUUUGCGCUGGAUCUUUUUUUAUAAAUUUUAGUUCCGUUUAUUUUGUAAAUACAAUUGUUGUUACACGUUGAUUUUUCAUCCCAUAGCCUCUCACACUCUGCGACGAAACAGUUUGUGACAAUCGAUGUUUUUUUCAUUUGUCGGUAAUAAAGUUAAGCAAUAGGUGAA